UACUGCUGCUGCUUCUGCUGUUGCUGCUGUGACGGGAAAUGGACAGCAGGGUAAUGGUGAGGGUGCGGAUGCGGGUGUGGCUGUGUGAUGGAAGAGGAUGAUCAGUGUGUUUUUUUUUACUGUCAAAACGUCCUUUUUGAGCUUGUCGCAUGGCUUGGGUGGCUUCGUUUUUUUCUGCUCUUCCUCCUGCUUCGUUUGGAUGGGAGUGCGCUUGGAAGGGGUUCUUCUUUUUUGUUGUUGGUUAAUUUUAUACUCCGAGCGCGGCGCAUAGAAAUCAUGCGUGUCAUGAAACAGACAAGGUUCGUUGUAUGACCACACAUUUGUAUUGCAUAUUCAAAUCAUCGAAAGGAAUGACAUCUGUUUCUUGUCCUUUGCUCUGGACUUGAUUGCAUCACACGAAGAGUCAC